AAAAGCGAAAGCGAAAGUUAUACCAUGCGGGUCAGCCGCCGUCACGACAACAGAUUCCUAAAAGGGGGGAUUUCCUCGUUGCGAACACUUUUUUAAAAGGAUCUGUGUUAAGAGACACGACGAUGGGAAAGCUGCGACGCUGGACCGUCAGGAGGUGUUGAUCUGGCCGUGUCCACCUCCUCCACAUGGCCUGGAUUAAGCAGUUUCUGCUCCUCUGGUCAAUAUUCCAUGAAUCUCUUGCCUCCAAAGAGAUACAGUGCGGAAUAGGACUUUCCAGACCAUCAAGUCACACCGUCCAGCAGCCCACUGAUUUAACCCCAGCCUAACUACAGGACAAUUUACAAUGACCAAAUAACCUACCAACCAAUAUGUCUUUGGACUGUGUGAGGAAACUGGGGCACCUGGAGUAAACCCACAUGAAUAUGGGAAGAUGUACAAACUUUCUUACAGAGGACACCGGAAUUGAACUCCAAACUCCGAGCUAUAAUAGCAUUGUGCUAACCACUAUGCUACCGUGCUGUACCUUUGGCCUUGUUAUGGGGAGAAGGCAGGAGAAUGGAGUUGAAAGGCUUAAUAAAGCAGCUAUGAUGGAAUCGCAGAGCAAACUCGAUGGGCCGAACGACCUGAUUUUGCUCCUAUGUUUUAUGUCUUAGGGUCUUAUACUGUAAUAGUGAAAAAAUGUGCAGUGAUUUGAGGAGUAGGUAGGAGGUUAUAAUGGACUGCUGGUAGGUGGAGCUGGUGUGGGUUGGCAGGGUAAGUGGUUUUCUAUUUGCUCUCAUGGUUCCAUGAUUGUAUGAUGAUUUAUCCAGAAGAGUGGUGGGCAAUAUGAAGUCAGCAUAGGAUUGGAUUUUAUCGUCAGAAGCACACUGGUAAUAUCUACGAUGGACCUUAGUACAAAUACAUGUCUAUCUGCAGUGAGGUUCUGUUAACAUAAAUCCCAGGAUGUUUUGGCACGACCUUCUGUAUCAAAUAGGGAAUUAUGCUGGGUGACUCAAACUGAACUUGUCUGGAAAUGCUAAAAGUUAGUUGGUAUUCCCCCAGAUUUUCCUGGAAAUGCUGGAGGAAGUUAUUUUUUAUAAUGCUGAAUGUUUAUGAGGCAUUGCAAAACAAAGACUUCUGCAAUUAUUGGAAAAUUAAAAGAAAAUGAAAGAUAUUUAAACAUUCUAAACCAGCAAAACAUUUAAGGAUAUUGCCAAUUUUUUUUUAAUUUAAAGUACACUACGGUAAAGUAUUUUAGAAGAGAUUUAAAGAUUAGCCUUGCUUUCCACAUGUACAUUGAUAUGUACAGAGUAAAGUGUCCUUUGCGUCAAAUCAAAUCAAUGAGGAUUAUGCUGGGGGCAGCCUGCAAGUGUCGCCAUGCUUCUGGCACCAACAUAACGUGCCCACAACUCGCUAACGCUCACCCAGAUGUCUUUGGAAUGUGAGAGGAGCCAGAGCCCCUGGGUGAAACCCACACAGUCACAGGGAGAAUGGACAAACUCCUUAUAAACUGUGGCAGGAACUGAACCCUUUACAGUUGGUACUGUAAAGCAUUGCACUAACUGCUGUGGUACCGUGUCACCCAAAACAAUAAAGCAAAAUCCACAUUGAACAAAAAUUGCUGGAAGUGCUCGAGUUCAGCUGUGCAGAGAGAAACACUUAACACUUGAACUUGUCAGCCUUUCAUCUGGAUUUAGAGUGACGAUUUCAAAGCAGUAUGAUUUUCUGAUGAAGGUUUAUCAGCCUACAUAGAAAAUAGAACAUAGAACAUAGAAUAGUACAGCACAGUACAGGCCCUUCGGCCCACAAUGUUGUGCCGACCCUCAAACCCUGCCUCCCAUAUAAGCCCCCACCUUAAAUUCCUCCAUAUACCUGUCUAGUAGUCUCUUAAACUUCACUAGUGUAUCUACCUCCACCACUGACUCAGGCAGUGCAUUCCACGCACCAACCAUUCUCUGAGUAAAAAUUCUUCCUCUAAUAUCCCCCUUGAACUUCCCACCCCUUACCUUAAAGCCAUGUCCUCUUGUAUUGAGCAGUGGUGCCCUGGGGAAGAGGCACCGGCUAUCCACUCUAUCUAUUUCUCUUAUUAUCUUGUACACCUCUAUCAUGUCUCCUCUCAUCCUCCUUCUCUCCAAAGAGUAAAGCACUAGCUCUCUUAAUCUCUGAUCAUAAUGCAUACUCUCUAAACCAGGCAGCAUCCUGGUAAAUCUCCUCUGUACUCUUUCCAAUGCUUCCACAUCCUUCCUAUAGUGAGGUGACCAGAACUGGUCACCUGUUAGCUCUGUUUCCCACUCCAUUGAUGCUUCCUGACCUACUGACUACUUCCAGCACUUUAUCUAAUAUUAACCCAAGUACCCUGCAGUGUAAUUCUCAGAACCAGAAUUGGAUUUAUUAUCAUUGACUUAAUGAUGUGGUUUGUUUGCCACCAGGUUCAAGAACAGUUACCUCCCUUCGACUAUUCAGUUCUUGCAUCUGCCAGCAGAACCCUAAACACUAUCUUGGUAUUGCAACAGUAUGACCACUUUGCACCACAAUGGACGUUGUGUUCUUCCUUGUGUAAUUUUGUAUACUUUUUUCAAUGUGUGUUUUUCUUGCGAAUGUUGUGGGUCAGAUGCUAUUUGGUCAUGAGGCUGCUCCAAGUGCUUCACUGUACCUGUGAAAACAUGUACUUGUGCAUUUGAGAACUCAGUGUUGAUCUUGACAUUCAUGAGAUUCUUUUUACUGCCUGUGUGGGCAUCAUGUGUGGAGGUAUACAAUGUCCAGCUGCACUCCUCUGCCGUCUCAGCUUAUUUACAGAUUGUGCAUGGCAAUGUAUGAUUCGAAGGUACUAUUUGCUGAAUUCCAGGAUGUGUACAAGUUUGCUUAGAAAUCUUGAUUUCACAGCAACCACAAAUAAGCUCCAAGGCAAAUUUUGCUUACUGACAGGCUCCUCUCACCUGGCAAUUUUAUCAAUACAAAAUCAGGAUUUCAUCCUCUGCAACCCAAUAAAUUCUGUAUUGCCUCCAAAGUCAACUAUUAUUUAAGUAAAUGACCACACUAUGGCAUUGAUGCAGAAUUACUGUAUGUAGCAUACUGUAAGAUUUUACUGCUAAUGUCACGGCUUCUCUGUAAUGUUCCACUGCUGAGGAAAUGGUUUCUCCGUAGCAGCAAUGCUUGGGUUAUGACUAGAGAUAACGGGGCAUGUUAGCCAAUGAGCGGGAUGUUGUUCUUUCUUGUGUGUCUGGGAACUAGGAAUUUGUGAUUCUUUUGCCGGGGAGAGAUGAGGAGAAAAGACGCGAAUGGAGAGUUGGUAGACCUCGGAUGGAGUGGACUUAGAGCGAGGGUCCGAAGGUCAGCAACGAUCGGAGGAGGUCGAUGAUGAAUGAACGGCCUUAUCAACAGCUGCAGCAAACCCAACUUUACAAUUGAAAAUGUAGAUAUGAGCGAAAUAAUGGAAACACAGUUUGAAGUUGGUCGGAAACUGCGAUUGAAGUGCCAGAGGGGUUAUAAGAGAAUGGCAGGAACAUCCAACCUCAUCAAGUGUCAAUACAUCUCCGAAUUUGCCAAGUGGACAAAGCCCAUACUCCAGUGCAUAAGGAUAGGUGGUGCUCAGUCACCAGCACCAAGCACUUCAUCAGCUGAGGUCCCUGAGGAAUUGACUCCUACCAUCCAUGGCACUUCAGCAAUGACAUCAUUAGCAACAUCUGUAAAGCCGACAGCAUUAACAACAUCUGUAGAACCUACAUCGGUAGAGCCAGCAAAAUCGGGAACCACUGCAGAUCAUUAUACAUCAACUAUGGAUAUUACAGUCGCCUCAGGAAGCCAUUUAUCAGCUGCACUGACAACAGUAACAAGAGCAGCAACCCUGACCACUGCAACAAGAUCCAUUUCAAUCUCCAGCCAAACCUCCUCCAGCACUCCAUUAACAACCGAUAUCUCAGACAAAGGACUGAGACCCUUAAAUAUGACAUGGAGAGCAGUAAAGCCAUCAGCAUCAAGCGGAUCAACAGCUGGAACAGAAUCCACAGCAGCAGUGCCCUCAGACAGAAAACAGAGAGCAACAGCUGGAACAGAAUCCACAGCAGCAGUGUCCUCAGACAGAAAACAGAGAGCAACAGUUGGAACAACAAUCACUUUCAUUAGUAGCAACACCUCAGGAAUGGAAACAAUAACAACCAGGAAAACAUUGGCAGGAAGAACAGUAAUUUCUCCUACACCAACAGAAACAACUUCUGACUUUGCCUCUACUGUAACUACCACAGGCAUCAAUCAAACAGUGACUGCUGGAAAAAACAUUGGAUUAGUCAUCGGGACCAGCACAGGCAGCUUGUUUGUCAUUUUCCUGGUUAUUCUGUUCUUCGUUUGGCCGUUGGUUUGCAAAAACAGAAUUUCCUGUACCAGGUUUUGGGCUGCAGAGUAUGAAUUGACACCAGUGGCACCGAUGGAUGUUCCAACAGUGGUGAAUGCAAAUGAAACUAAUCCUUUACAGUCACCAGGAGAGAGCUGACUUUCCUGAACUAGUGAUAUGGUUCAACAAUGUACGUUGUCAGCUUGGACAAAAAAAUUGGAGAUUCAGCCAAAUAUCAACAUUGCAUUUUCUGCAACUGAACAGGAAGCAAAGAUUGUCAAUUUGGACAAUCUUUCUUUGCCUCAUCUUUGCCAAGCUACUUGGGAUAAAAUUGGUCUGCCUUCAGCUACAGAGAAUGAACAUGGAAACAGACCAGAGGCACUGGCGGCUCCUCAUUUAUACUUAAUGGAUGGGACAGAUACAGGAAAUGCCUCUGGAUUGUAUUUGUGGAGCUCUUUUAAAAAAAACCUCUCCAUUGAAACUCCAUUAAAUUGGUGGCAGAGGUGAGCAGAAGCUUGAAAUAAAUGUUUAUAAUUAUAUAUUUCUAUUAAAUUCAUUAGAAAUAAAAACUGAUCCACAUCUGGAUUUCUGCAUAUGUUAUCCAAAUACGUUUCACCUUUCUCUAGGUAUUUUCACUUAAUUUUCAAGAUGCAUUGCCUGGCACCUGUAUUGGUUUUGAAGACAACUGUUACAACAUUUGAAAUAUUUCCUUUCUUCAAAGGACCACUUCUCAGGCAAGAAGUUCUCUACCACAGGGCAAAGUUGUUGACUGCUGCGCAGAUGAAUUCAAUUUAAAAUCCCCACAGCUAAACACAGGCAGGUCAUAAAGAAAUACAGCAUGGAAACAGGCCUUUGGCUCACCACAUCUCUAACAAUUAUUAACACCUAAUCACCCUAAUUGCAGAUCAUCUGUGCAUUUGGUGAAAUUAGAUACAUAAUUGGAAAUCACUCUGUAAAAUUCUUUUCCAGAUUGAAGACCCUCUGACAUGGCUAAUUACAACACUUACAACAUGCUGGAGGAACUCAGCAGGUCGGGCAGCAUCUGUGGAAAAGAUCGGUCGACGUUUCGGGCCGGAACCCUUUCUCUGAGAUCCUCCAGCAUGUUGUGAGUGUUGCUUUGACCCCAGCAUUCGCAGACUAUUUUGUGUUUACGAUGGCUAAUUACAAGUGUCAGAACCAGCACCGCAAAGGCCUUUUGAUGCACUUGACCUUCGAAUCUUGUGGAUUGAUAGGACUAACCCUAAACCGUCACUUUUCCUUGUACUGAAGAAUUUCUAAGCCAGUAUCUUUUGAUCAAGAGGUCAAGCAGGCUCAUUUACCUGCCUUAAUUAGCAGGUUUAAUAUGAAGAAAAUAGUUCUUCUGAUAGGAAAGUAUAUAGUUUUGAGGGAGACUAUGUUCAUGUUUGGCCAUUCAUAUUUAUAAAAAUUAGUUUAAUAUUUUUAAUUGUAAAUAUAAUUAAGAGUGACAUUUUUGGUUGGUAAUUCUGCAUCAAACUGGCAACUGUGAAUAGGGUCUGUAAAUUAAGUGACUGAGAGCAGAGAUUGCAGUAGUAUUGUGUUAAUAUCAAGCUUAUUCUGAAUGGAAUAAUACUUUGGUACUUGAAGUGUGACAGGCUGGUUAUGAAAUUUCUGCAACACACAGUUCCUGGAUUUUCUGUAUUAUUCAAUUAAGUUUCUGUUCAUCUUUUAAUCUGCAAAUAUAAUAAGGAUUUCCUUGUGUGUAUACAGUGGCAUGCAAAAGUUUGGGCACCCCGGUCAAAAUUUCUGUUACUGUGAAUAGCUCAGCAAGUAAAAGAUCACACGGACUAGAGGCCAAGAUGGCCUGUUUCCGUGCUGUAAUUGUUAUAUGGUUAAAAGAUGACCUGAUUUCCAAAAGGCAUAAGGUUAAAGAUGACAUAUUUCUUUAAUAUCUUAAGCAAGAUUACAUUUUUAUUUCCAUCCUUUACAGUUUCAAAAUAACGAAAAAGGAAAAGGGCCUGAAGCAAAAGUUUGGGCACCCUGCAUGGUUAGUACUUAGUACAACCCCCUUUGGCAAGUAUCACAGCUUGUAAAUGCUUUUUGUAGCCAGCUAAGAGCCUUUCAAUUCUUGUUUGGGGGAUUUUCGCCCAUUCUUCAUGCACUGCUCUUGUGAGGUCUAUCCACAGAUUUUUGAUGAUGUUCAGGUCGGGGGACUGUGAGGGCCAUGGCAAAACCUUCAGGUUGCGCCUCUUGAGGUAGUCCAUUGUGGAUUUUCAGGUGUGUUUAGGAUCAUUAUCGUAUUGUUAAAGCCAUCCUCUUUUCAUCUUCAGCUUUUUUUAUAGACAGUGUGAUAUUUGCUUCCAGAAUUCGCUGGUUUUUAAUUGAAUUCAUUCUUCCCUCUACUAGUGAAAUGUUCCCCGUGCCACUGUCUGCAACACAAGCCCAAAGCAUGAUUGAUCCAUCCCUGUGCUAAACAGUUUGAGAGGUGUUCUUUUCAUGAAAUUCUGCACCCUUUUUUCUCCAAACGUACCUUUGCUCAUUGCGGCCAAAAAGUUCUAUUUUAACUUCAUCAGUCCACAGGACUUGUUUCCAAAAUGCAUCAGGCUUGUUUAGAUGUUCCUUUGCAAACUUCUGACACUGAAUUUUGUGGUGAGGAUGCAGGAAAGGUUUUCUUCUGAUGACUCUUCCAUGAAGGUCAUAUUUGUGCAGGUGUCGCUGCACAGUAGAACAGUGCACCACCACUCCAGAGUCUGCUAAAUCUUCCUGAAGGUCUUUUGCAGUCAAAUGGGGGUUUUGAUUUGCCUUUCUAGCAAUCCUAUGAACAGUUCUCUUGGAAUUUUUUCUUGGUCUUCCAGACCUCAACUUGACCUCCACCAUUCCUAUUAACUGCCAUUUCUUAAUUACAUUACGAACUGAGGAAACGACUACCUGAAAACACUUUGCUAUCUUCUUAUAGCCUUCUCCUGUUUUGUGGGCAUCAUUUAUUUUAAUUUUCAGAGUGCUAGGCAGCUGCUUAGAGGAGUCCAUGGCUGCUGAUUGUUGGGACAAGGAUUGAGGAGUCAGGAUAUUUAUAAAGCUUUGAAAUUUGCAUAACCUGGCCUUUCCUAAUGAUGAUUGUGAACAAACCAUAGCCCUAACAAGCUAAUUAAAGCCUGAGAUCUUGGUAAAAGUCAUCUGAGAGCUCAGAUCUCUUGGGUGCCCAAACUUUUGCAUGGUGCUCCUUUCCUUUUUUCACUCUAAAAUUGUACAAGACAGAAAUAAUACUCUAAUCUUGCUUAAAAUGUUGAAAAGAAUGUUUCAUCUUUAAUUUUAUGACUCUUGGAGAUCAAUUCAUCUUCUACUCACUUAACUAUUCACAGGAACAGAAAUUUUGACCGGGGUGCCCAAACUUUUGCAUGCCACUGUAUAUGUACAUAUAAAUAGAUCACAAAUAUUAAACUGCAUAUUUAUUUAUGAUUAAAUAGCAAUAUAUUUGAAUCUUUAGUCAGUAUUAUAAUGUGCACCAUUUUAGAAGAGCUUAGUAAUGUGGGACAAGACUGUAUUAUCUUCAUACAGCCACCUAUGCCAGAUGAGUAACUGUGAUCCUUGGGGAAAAUGCAAACUGUAGAUAAUGCCCAGAUUGAUUACAGGUGGAGUCGAUGGAGGAGUCAUGUGGUGCCAGGGCAAACCUAUUGUAAAUUAACUCCAGAAUCCUGAAUGCUGAGGGAGACUUAAGAUUAUGUGGUCUCUCAUCAUAUCUGAGAAAUGUUCCAGAGUAAAUUGUAUACAAUGAAUACCUUUGGAGCCAUUGUUACUUCUGUAAACUUGGCAUUCACGUAAAACAGGCUUCCAUAAAAGAGUUAACAAAUGGUCAACUGCAUUAGAAUUGGUUGUUGAGGGAAGUUGGUGAUGUGCGACUUAAGCUACUACAAAGUUAAUUCCAUGUGUGAAAACACUAAUCAGCAACCAUCAAGCAUUCCAUUGCUGACAGUAUAACAGAUAUAAGUACCAGUCCACUGUAAGUACCAAUAUCUCUUUGAUCAAGAUGCAAACUUGUGGGGCUGCUGCAGGUAGCAUUUUACCCAAAAAAAAGCCACAACCACUCAUUUGCAAAAUGUUUUCAGAAGAUUUUGGUUUACAGAUGUCAAACCAAGAGCAAAUGGUCACAUAGAACAUAAUACGAGAUACUGUGGCAGCUUGGACCACAGUUGGGAGUAUUGUGUUCAGUUCUGGUCACCUCAUUAUAGGAAGGAUGUGGAAGCUUUAGAGAGGGUGCAGAGGAGAUUUAACAGGAUGCUGCCUGGAUUAAACAGCAUAGAAACAGGCCCUUUGGCCCAUGAUAUUAUCCGAACUAAUUAAACUAGUAAUUGCCAUGGUAGUGUAGUGUAUGAUACUAUUACAGCUCAGAGCUUCAGAGUGCAAACCAGGCAUCCUCUGUAGGGACUUAGUACUUCCUCCAUGUGGAAUACAUGGGUUUUCCUUGGAUCCUCCAGUUUACUCCCACAGUCCAAAGAUGUUCCGUUGUAAACUGCCCGCGAUUAGGCUAGGGUUAAAUUGGGGUUGCUGGGCAGUGCAGCUUGGAGGACCAGAAGGGCCUAUACUGUGCUGUAUCAGUAAAUAAAUAAAAUUAUCACUGAACUAAUCUCAUAAUCUUAUACAUUUCUAUCAAGUCUCCCCUCAGCUCCACUGAUACAGAGAAAACAACCCCUUAGUUUGUCCAGCCUAACACUCUGCAAAUAAAUGGUACUAAUGACACUCAAGGUGCCAACAUUGUUAGGGAGAGAAUUCAUUCUUUGCUUUCAAAGCAGAUGGGAAGCUGUUGGUCAAUGUUUGGGAGGUCGUUGGUCGAUGUCUGGGAAGCAAUUUCACAAGUGUGAACUGGCCAGAUUAUAGGAAAGAAAAUGGCCAACUCAUGUGCAUUCCAAGGGAGCUGAACCAUUAACUCAAUUUUCUCAUUUCAGAAUCAAAAUCAGGUUUAAUAUCAACGGCAUAUGUUGUGAAAUUUGUUAACUUUGUGGCAACUGUACAAUGCAAUACAUGGUAUAGAAAAAUUGUUACAGUAAGUACAUAUAAUGUAUAUUAAAUAGUUAAGAUACGUAGUGCAAAAACAAAUUAAAAAGAAAAUAGUGGAGUAGAGUUCACGGGUUCAAUGUCCAUUUAGAAAUUAGAUGGCUGAAGGGAAGAAGCUGUUCUUUAAUCGCUGAGUGUGCGCCUUUAGGCUUCUGUACCUCCUUCCUGAUUGUAAGAAUGAGAAGAGGGCAUGUCCUAGGUGGUGGGGGUCCUUGAUGAUGGAAGCUGCUUUUCCGAGGCACUGCUAAUGAAGAUAUCUUGAAAACUACAGAGGAUAGUACAAAUGGAGCUGACUAAUCUUACAACUCUCUGCAGCUUACUUCGACCCUGUGCAGUAGCGCCUCCCCACCCCCCACCAAACGCUGAUGCACCCAGUCGGCAUACUCUCCGCAAUACAUCUGAAGAGAUUUUGGAGUGCAUAUGCUGAUGAACCAAAUCUCCUCAAUCUCGCUGCUGUCUUGCCUUCUUUAUAACUGCAUUGACCUGCUGGGUUCAGGUUAGAUUUUCAAGAGAUAUUGACACCCCCCCCCCCCACCAGUAAGGGUUUCCAUUUCUGUCCACACUUGACACCAAGUUGAUCCAACUCAGGAUAGUAGUCAUGGCGUUGCAAUCUCUUUCUUAGAGUAACGAUGAGACAACAAACAUUGUUUUUUCAGUCUUAUAGUUUUUUAGAUUCUGUGUUUUUCACCUGACCUUUCUCAUACUUUUUUGUGCAGGGGAUGGAAAUUUUGGGGCAGAUUUGACUGUUCUGUUUUUAUUCUAUUUUUUGUGAGGGGAGGGAUUUGGAGGUUGAUGAUUGUACAGCCAUUCUUUUCUUUCUUGGUUUCAUGACUAUCUGGAGAAGAAGAAUUUCAGAAUUAUAAACUUUGAUAAUAAAUGAACCUUUGACCUUUGACAAACCCAUGAUGCUUGUAUUGGUGAUACAAGAUACAGCAGUCAUUGCAAUCUGGAGUAUUAGACAAUCUAUGGAUGGAAAUGGACUUCAUGUAGGCUUAAGGAAUUAGUUGUCCAUUUGGUUGCUAAUUUAUUAGGUUUAGCACAACAUUGUGGGCCAAAGGGCCUGUUCCUGAGCUGUACUGUUCUAAUCUACUGGAGGAACUCUUGAUUAAGCAACAUCUGUGAGGUGGUGUGUGCAGGGAAUGGAACUGUUGAUGUUCUGGGUUGAAACCCUGCAUCAAGACUCAUUACUGGAUAGCUCCUUCUCUCCCCAGCAGAUGCUGCUUGAACUGCUGAGUUUCCCCAGCAGAUUGUUUUGAUGCUUGUAAUGAUGCUUCAUCUUACACAACAUGGGGACAGGAAGGCAUUCACCUGUGAGGCCUCCUCUAGUUAAUCAGGCUGAUGGAUGGCCACCCAAGCAUUGGUUAUAGAUAUUAUCAGUAAGGUCAAUAAAUUGAUACUGUGGUUCAACUAUUCAUCAUGGAAAAGAGUAGACUGGAUGAAGAUAACAAAUAUAUUUGGACAUUGAACACAUAUUUUUCACAGCACAAUACAACGUCACCAAUUGGGGUUCAAUUCCUACCACUGUCUGUAAGGAGUUUGUAUGUCCUCCCCAUGGCCAUGUGAGUUUCCUGCCAAAUUCCAAAGAUGGACAGGUAGGGGUUACUGAGUUGUGGACAUGCUAUGUUGGCGGUGGAAGCAUGACAACACAUGCACAAUCCUCGCUGAUUUGAUCUGAUGCAAACAACAUUUCACUGUAUGUUUCGAUAUACUGUAUAGGUGACAAAUAAAGCAAAUCUUUGAGCCUUAGAGCAAUAAAUACAGCAUGGAAAUGGGCCCUUCUGUGCUCCAAGUCAAGGCUGAUCAACUAACCAAACAUUUUCCCAAACCACCCUCGUGUUCCACCAUCAACACACCAGGGACAACUUACAGUGGCCAAAUAACUUCAAAAUCUGUACCUUUUUGGAAUGUGGGAGGAAGCUGGAGCACCACAAGAAACACACUUGGCCAAGGGAGGACAGAUAAACUCCAUAGGUCAGAACUGAACUUGGAUCUCUGAAGUAGCAGCUUCAGUCCAGAUGAAACAUUGGCUGUUCAAUUCCCUCCAAAGAUCCUGCCUUACCUACUGAGUUCUUCAAGCACCUUGUGAAACUCUGUUUACUGGGUAACAGGUAAUUAGUGCUAACAAAAAGAUGUACAAGGCAGUGAUGACUGACACAUGCCAGAGUUUAGAAAAUCACCGAAUAUUUCAAUGAGAAUACAAGACUACUUUAUACUUUAUUGUUGCCAAACAAUUGAUACUAGAACGCACAAUCAUCACAGCG